AUGGAAACCUUGGAGGGAACUGAACUCUGCUUUCCACAACUCUUCAACAACUCCUGCAGGAAGACAAAACGUCCUCACUUUGAGGCCAUGCUGAUUUAUAUUCUGGUGUCCUCCAUUUCUCCGCUCACUGUGACUCUCAACCUGCUGGUCAUCAUCUCUAUCUCCCACUUCAAACAACUUCAUACCUCCACCAACCUCCUCCUUCUCUCUCUGGCUGUCUCAGAUUUCUUCGUGGGCCUCCACAUGUUCUUUCAAAUUACGGCCACUGACGACUGCUGGUUCCUCGGUGACCUCAUGUGUGUUCUGUAUCAGUAUAUAGCAUAUAUUAUUACCUCUGCCUCAGUAGGAAACAUGGUGCUCAUAUCUAUUGACCGCUAUGUGGCUAUUUGUGAUCCUCUGCAUUAUUCUACCAAAGUAACUCAGAAAAGAGUUAAGAUCUGUGUUUGUCUGUGUUGGACAGGUUCAAUAGUCUUACAAAGUCUAAAUCAUAAAGAUACCCUGAAACAACCAGGCAGGCAUAACUCCUGUUCUGGAGAGUGUAUCCUUGGCAUUACCGACAUUGCUGGACUUACAGAUCUUAUUUUGACUUUCAUUGCUCCCAUUACUGUUAUUGUUGUUCUGUACAUGAGAGUAUUUGUGGUGGCUGUGUCUCAGGCUCGUGCCAUGCGCUCCCAGGUUACAGCUGUCACUUUUGUAACUGCUAAGAAAUCUGAGAUUAAAGCAGCCAGGGCUCUUGGUGUUGUUGUUGUUGUGUUUCUAAUAUGUCUCUGUCCAUAUUAUUGUGUUGCUCUUACUAGCCAAGAUAACUUAAUGAAUACUUCAUCUGCAACAAUUGUAAUAAGUUUGAUUUAUGUGAACUCCUGUCUAAACCCUAUCAUCUACGCCUUUUUUUACCCAUGGUUUAGAAAAUCAGUUAGGUUCAUAGUUAUACUGAAGAUACUGCAGCCUGACUCCUGUGACGCCAACAUACUGUAG